AUGUCGAGAUCGAAGGAUACAUCGGCUUCGGCUACUCCUCCUGCAGAGGGCAACGGUGUGGUGCUUUAUGACAAAGAACCAGAUGCAACACAAGAGGCUUUGGCUACCUUUGUCAACUUGAGAGACAAUAUCUAUUGCGAUAGCAUCAAAGAUAUUUAUUCUGCAGCUGACGAGUUCAUGGCCUGUGAUUGUAUGGAAGACGUGGGGGCUGACGGAGUCAACCAUGCUUGUGGCCCGGACUCUGAUUGUAUAAACCGACUCACAAAUAUUGAGUGUGUCGACGGACAGUGCAGUGGUUGUGGAGACAAAUGCCAGAAUCAAAGGUUUCAAAAUAACGAGAUCGCACCUGUUUCCAUUUUCAAAACGGAACACAAAGGCUACGGAAUGCGCGCAGACGAGGACAUAUAUCCACACACGUUCAUCGUUGAAUAUAAAGGAGAGAUUGUUGACAACGAGUUGUAUAAAGAGAGAAAAGAGCAGUAUUCCAACGAGGGCAUCAAACAUUUUUAUUUCAUGAUGAUACAGGACAAUGAAAUCAUUGAUGCAACUAAAAAAGCCAGUAUUGGCCGUUUUUGCAACCAUUCGUGUGAUCCCAACGCAUACGUCGAAAAAUGGGUCGUCAACAAAAGAUUUAGAAUGGGCAUUUUUGCCAAACGAAAAAUCAUCAAGGGAGAGGAAAUCACCUUCGACUACAACGUCGACCGGUACGGAGCUGAGCCGCAAAAAUGCUACUGUGGGGCUCCAAACUGCCUGGGUGUUAUGGGAGGGAAAACGCAGUCUGAGAGUGCUAGGUUGCUUCCGCAUGUCAUUACUGAAGCUCUUGGAGUCCGUGCGAACGUGGAAAAGAGAUGGAUCAAAGAGCAGAAAAAACUGGGCACCAAAGUUACGCAAGACAAUAUUGACUCGAAUGUCAACGUUGAGUUUGUCAAAUCUUUGGAACUCGAGCCGCUACGAUUAGCAGAUGUGUCCAAGGUGGUCAGUUGUUUGCUACAACCGGACUUGGAUUUUAUCGUGAUAUCUAGGGUCAUUGAGAGGUUCUCCCUUUGCGACAAUUAUGAUGAGAUCGUGAAUCGUUUUUGCAGGCUUCACGGAAUGCAAGCUCUAAGCACUGCACUUAAGACUUUGUUGGGCUUGUCCGGAGACAAAUAUUCCAAUGAAGAGGAAGAAUUGUUUGCCUCCAUGGUCAAGAUUCUUCAGCAUUGGCCCCCGUUGCGAGCAAAAAAUACGAUUGUCAGCUGUAAGAUGGACGAGAUGCUGCAGGAGGCUGAGUCCAAGACUAGCAAUCCAGACCUGAAAAGCUCGGUGUCCCAGCUGCUUUCAAACUGGAAAGAUCUCGAGUUGGUUUAUCGCAUUCCAAAAAGAAGUGACCUUAAGAACGCCUCCGACACGGCCACUAAACUGGACGACCGCAGAGCGAGAUCGACCUCCAUGCCGGCUUCUGAGGUAGUCGACCCUGCCAAAACGGCAAUAAACGGUGUGGCCUUGCCUCCUGGAUGGGAGUGGGCAGAGGAUCCUACCACCAAAACUGUCUAUUAUUUCAAUAGGUCCAAGAAUAUCACCCAAUGGGAACGUCCUGUGAGCACUCCAACGGGACCUGGUGUGUCUGACGAGGAAGAACGUCGGAAACGGAGAGAAAAGGAACGGCAGAAGGAGGAGGCCAUGUACAAGAAGUUGGAGCAGGAGCGUCAGUUGGCACGACAAAAAGAGCUGGAAAUCGAGGAAAUGCGCAUGAAUAAGCUCUCUUCGAUUAUUGCGCAAGCAUCUUUGGAAAAACCAAGUACCCCGGCAGAGACGCCGAAGAAAGAAGAGCGCCAUAUCAGUGCUACCGAAAAACAGUGGACCAAACUUUUUGCUUCUGCAGUGCCGAACAUGCUGAAAAAGUACGAAAAUGAGAUCGGAAGAGACUCUCUAAAAGCCUGUGCUCGUGACAUUGUGCACACUCUGGCUCAGAAAGAGCUCAAGAGACGCUCCGAUAGCAAGCCACCUUCAGAGCUGAGUCACGAGAAGAAGGCCAAGAUCAAGCAUUUUGUGAAGGAGUACAUGGCCAAGUUUUUGGUUAAGCUUGAGGAAAAGAAAAAGCGGAAGAGUUCUGGAGCUGCUUCCGAAUCCAAACGCACAAAAUCCCAUUAA